GAGAGGGAGGGGGAGAGGGCGAGGAGAGUGGGGGGGGGGGGGAAGCUUUAAGUCGCAAUGGAUGUUGGGAUGACAAUGGCGCCACUUUAAACCGAGGAGAAGCAGAGAAGUAGGACAGAAGGCCGGGGAUGAAAAGGUUCAAUAAAUACGAUAGAGCGAAGGAGAUAAAGAAGCAAAAGCUGCUGAAAGAAAUUCAGGACCGAAAGCUUCCAUAUCUAACACCCAAAGAUGUGCAGUUUGAAGAGCUGUCAAAGGCCAAAUAUUCCAAGUUAAACCUAAAACCAGCCAAAUGUGUGCCUCAGGAAGUUCAUCAAAAAGUCCAACAGGGCUUGACAACUCUGCGAGACUGUAAGUGCUUUGCACAAGAUCUUGUUCAAAUAAAAGGCAAAGAUGUACUUACCCCAGUGUCCAGAAUACUGAUAGGAGACCCAGGUUGUACAUAUCGUUAUUUGGACACACGACUGUUUGCAGUCCCUUGGUCAUCGGAUGGAGUUGAGGUCAAGUACAGUCGUGAUGAAAUCGGUAAAGCCUGCCAAGCUGUUAAAGAUCUGAAUGAAUAUUUGCAUGGGGAAGCGAUGAAGCUUUUGCUGGAUCGCUUUUCAUCUCAGGUUAAAGAGGAAGGAUCUAUGGGGAAGGCAACACCAAGCAAACCAGAGGAGCCCUCUGCAAGUGUGGUAGAUGAAACUCAUGACAAAAAUCGAGGUACCACAUUGCAAGACAGAACAUCUUUUAACGUGGUCUUGUUGAACUACAUGGAUCCUUCAAACAUGGUAUACCUAAAAGAAGAACCUUAUUUCGGAAUGGGAAAGAUGGCUGUGAGUUGGCAUCAUGAUGAGAACCUGAUGGCAAGGUCAACAGUUGCUGUGUACAACUACAGCUGUGAUGAUUUAAGACCUACCACAGCUGAAGGUAGCGGAAAGUCAGUGGAAGGCAGAGACCCAGCAUGUUGGCACAUUGGUCUGAAAAUAGCCUGGGACAUUGAGACACCAGGGUUGGCAUUGCCACUGCAUCCAGGCGACUGCUACUUUAUGCUUGACGAUCUUAAUAUGACCCAUCAACAUUGUGUUCUGUCUGGUCUGCAACCUCGCUUCAGCUGUACCCACCGAGUGGCAGAGUGUUCCAGUGGCACUCUGGGUUAUAUUCUUGGACGUUGUGAGGUAGCCAUGAAGAAUAUGCAGAAAGAUCCCGAAUCCGGCUCUUCCUGCCUGGUUUCACUGGAACCUGCUGUUGUGAAACGAACAGAAGAGAUUCACAAUGAGGUGGAGUUUGAGUGGUUACGACAGUUUUGGUUCCAAGGAAAGCGUUCGGCAAAGCAGACUGACUGGUGGUUUCAACCAAUGGCAACUCUGGAGAACUAUUGGCGAGUGAUGGAGCAAAUGACAAAGCUUUUGUUGCAUGAAAUCAAUAAGGAGGAAUGGCCUUCAGAAAAGCAGCGUGAAAUUCUAAGCUGUCUUCUCCCACUUGUUGAGGAGCGUCAAGUCCUGAGAAUGAGCUGGAUGGCAAGGUGUCAGUCCAGACUUGUUAAUAAUCUACCAAUUGAUGACCAGCCAGAAUGUCGCCCUCAUUGGCAAGAUGAAGACCCUGAUAUGCCCCUACCCUAUGACCUGCAAGAAACUAUCUCAUGUUUGAGGAAUCGUUUCAUGUCUGCAAGUAAACAGUGGAACUGACUCCCAAAUCUCUUCCCAUCGCCCCAGCUGGAAUGACCUGAUCUGACUUGAUCUCCCAACUCUGUGCCAGGUGGACAUCAUUCAUUUUAUAAUUUACCAUUAAAAGCUUGAUACAAAGUCAA